AUGCUCAGUUCACUGGUCGUACUAAUGUCCCAGCUGGUACUUGCCGGCAGCUUCUUCGCUUUUCUGGUAUUCCCUAUCUACCGUUACCUUGGAGAUUCGAAGAAGCUGAGACGAUAUCCCGGUCCAUUCCUCGCAGCUAUGACAAACAUGUGGAUCAUGUUCAAGCACUACACAGGAACUAGGACGGACACAGUUCACUCUCUGCAUCUAAAACACGGCAAGAUUGUUCGUAUCGGGCCCAACUCCCUCUCUUUCUCGUCCCUGCAAGCAGCCAAGGAUAUAUAUGGCCACGGAACAGCAACCUCCAAGGAUAAAUUCUACGACUCUCUGGCAGGUAUCCACCGCCAACUGUUCGAUUCGAUUAAUAAAGAGGAACAUGCAAAGAAAAGAAAGCUCUUUGCCGCCGCCUUUUCUCAAAAAUCGGUUGAGGAGAAAGAGCAUAACGUGAACGGUGAUAUCUUGGAACUCGUUCACCAAUUCGACCGGCUUUGCACCGACCCGCCCAAGCUUGGACAGAAUGUUUUCGACGAGCAUGAACUCACCGAUGCUCGACGCUGGUUUAAUCUUCUCACGUUGGACCUCGCAGCCGAUUUCUCAUUCGGCAUCAAACUGGGCUUCGUUGCCCAAGGCGACGACUUGACCACAUGUGAAACCAUCCGCGGCCAUAAGUAUCAGGAACAUCCUGAAGCAGGCACCUAUCCCAACCUCCAGAUCAUUUCGACCUUGGGAUACGCUCGCCCGUCCCUUUUCCACAUUAACCGCAAACUGUUCGCCUGGCAUCGUGGAUGGAGAGAUGGACAAGUCUUUACCGACUUUACCGUCCAUUUAAUUCGAAAGCGAAUGGCGGCGGAGACGGACGGCGAGAAACGCACCGAUUUCUUCCAGGCCCUGAGCUUCACUCGCUAUGGCAUGCCCACCGACAUGGAAAUGGGCGAGCUGAUCCAAGAGUGCGCCUUGCUUAUGAACGCCGGAAGUGAGACCACAACGUGCGCCCUGCAAAACAUCUUUCAUCAUCUCAUUCGCCAUCCACGUUGUAUGCAGAUCUUGUAUGAGGAGCUCGAGACCGCUUUUCAAAAGGAAGAAGGGCCGGUGCCUGCUUAUGACAAAAUCAAGUUCUUGCCCUACCUUCGGGCCGUGAUCGACGAAACGUUGCGCCUUCGCCCAAGUCUGGCGGUGGCUCUACCACGCGUCACCCCCCCAGAAGGCAUGAGUAUCGACGGCACUUGGGUUCCCGGCAACACGACCGUCAGUGCACCAGCGUGGACCAUCCACCGGGAUCCCAAAUUGUUCGAGCACCCGCUCGAGUUUCGUCCAGAGCGGUGGUUAGCGGGGAAUGGAGAAAAAUUGCAGAAAGGCUUUAUGCCGUUCAGUUUGGGUGCAAGAGCUUGUGUGGGCCGGAACAUGGCUUAUAUGGAGUUGAGUCUCAUUGUUGCGACCCUGGUUCAUCGCUACCAUUUCGCUCUCCCGAGCCCUCAGUGGGAACCGACCAUGUAUGAGUCGAUGGUGAUCAAGUCUGGCCCCAUGCCAGUCAAGAUCUGGAGACGCGCGAGCACCAGGGCAGAAUAA